AUGAGAUGUUUGCAGCGGCGAGCAGGGCUGCUGGCGACUGGCUGUGCCGUAGCACACGGGUGGAGGAUAGCUUGUGCCACACUCACAGACGUGUGCGUGCGGGAAGUCACCUGUCUCCUAAGACAACACUCCCGACCAUCAACACCCUGAUCAGGGUCCUGUGACCCAGCUGUAGGACCUCUCUUGCCUGUGUGCGGUUUGCCUCCUCAUUCAGUAAGCCUGGCACCAGCAGAAAUGCAGACCCAGAGGGUCCCAGGGAGGAAGCGUGGCCGGCCUCCACUUCACUCCACGCGGGUGCAGAUGGCAGUGCAUAACCUUUAUUCUGCUUCUUCUGCCUCCGUGCCAGCAAUGACAAUCCCGAAGAAGAGAGGACGGAAACCCAGGUACAAGAUCAAGUCUCCGGUGCUCAUGACUCCCUUGGCCCUGUCACCUCCACGGAGCACUCCGGAACCUGACCUCAGCUCCAUCCCUCAGGAUGCAGCCACCGUCCCCAGCUUGGUGGUCCCACAGGCUGUCACAGUGUGCCUCUACAUUAACAAACAGGCCGAUGCCGGGCCAUACCUGGAGAGGAGGAAGCUGCAGCAGCUUCCGGAGCGCCUGGGGCCCGAGCGACCUGCGGCUGUCCUGCAGCAGGCGGUGCAAGCAUGCAUUGACUGUGCGCACCAGCCAAGGCUGGUCUUCUCCCUUGUCAAGCAAGGAUACCGUGGCGAGCUGGUGUCAGUCUCUGCUUCCUUUGAUGGAAAGCAGCACCUGAGGAAUCUGCCUGUGGUGAACAGUGUGGGCUACGUCCUCCGCUUCCUGACCAAACUGUGCCGCAGCCUCCUGUGUGACAACCUCUUCAGCCACCUGCCUUUUCCUGGGAGCAUCGGUGCCUCUGAGAAGGCCCAGGAGAAAGAGGAUGGGAGGACUGAGUCAGCCAAGGUAGCCACUGCUGAAGAGUGUCUGGUAAACACAGUAGGCAUGAACCGCUACACCAUAGACGUCUCCUCCACUGCCUUUAGCCACAGGGGCUCCGUGACCCACUCUUCCUCGCUGUACUACAAGAGGCUGAACUCUGGAGACAGUCACCUCGUGGGAGGCCCUGCCACUACCACCAGUGGUUCCCGUACCAACCCUGUGCCCUCUGGAGGUUCAUCAACACCUGGGCUGAGGCUCCCAGCCUCCAGCCCCAAGAGGAAUGGCGCAGCCCUCGACGGAAACAGAUGUGCACCGAGCCCAUCACCGGAGGUACAGGAUACCAGGAGGCCAAGCAGCAGGAACCCUUCUACCUGGACUGUGGAGGACGUGGUCCGGUUUGUGAAAGAUGCGGACCCUCAGGCUCUGGGGCCUCAUGUGGAGCUCUUCAGAAAGCAUGAGAUUGAUGGCAAUGCCUUGUUGUUGCUAAGGAGCGACAUGAUCAUGAAAUACCUGGGACUGAAGCUGGGCCCCGCGCUGAAACUCUGCUAUCACAUUGACAAGCUGAAGCAAGCUAAGUUCUGAAGUCCUUACGAGCUGGAAACGAAACCCCAGAUCUCAAGGUUCCGUCUGCCAAAGCAGCAGUCGGCCAACGUCACGAGCUGACAGCCACAAAGACUGAGUCUUUUUUAUAAAACGUGUGCAUCCUUGCCUUUUCUAACACACCAAGUGGCCCCUUUCAGAGACACAUGUGUGUGCGCUGGGCUUGUCAGAAAGAUCACGGAAAGCCUAUUACAUUGAAUGUUC